CCCUCCCACACACACUCCGGAAGCGGAAGUGGCGUCACAUGCCAGCGGAAGCCGCUCGGCGCUUCCGGUGCGGGCGGCGUGCUCGGGCCGGUCGCGGGAGUCUGCGCCGCCAUGAGCGUCCCGGCGUUUAUCGACAUUACGGAGGAGGAUCAGGCUGCAGAACUUCGAGCUUACUUGAAAUCUAAAGGAGCUGAAAUCUCUGAAGAGAACUCUGAAGGUGGACUUCAUGUUGACUUGGCACAGAUUAUUGAAGCUUGUGAUGUGUGCCUGAAGGAGGAUGACAAAGGUUUGCAUCUUUCAGUCUUAUCAGUGGUGCUAAACGUAUCGCCACCAUUGAUGCUUUCAGAUAACUAUCUGUUGACAGAAUUUAGAGAUGUUGAGAGUGUAAUGAACAGUGUAGUUUCUUUGCUUCUUAUCCUGGAGCCUGACAAACAAGAAGCACUGAUUGAAAGCCUGUGUGAGAAAUUAGUAAAAUUUCGGGAAGGAGAGCGCCCAUCUCUUAGACUGCAGCUACUGAGCAAUCUCUUCCAUGGUAUGGAUAAGAAUACUCCUGUGAGAUACACAGUGUACUGCAGCCUUCUUAAAGUGGCCUCAUCAUGUGGUGCCAUCCAGUACAUUCCAACUGAACUCGAUCAGGUCCGAAAAUGGAUUUCUGAUUGGAAUCUCAGCACAGAGAAAAAGCAUACUCUUCUGAGAUUGCUGUAUGAUGUCCUAGUGGACUGCAAAAAGAGUGACACUGCGGCAAAAGUAAUGGUGGAACUAUUGGGAAGUUACACAGAGGACAAUGCUUCCCAGGCUAGAGUUGAUGCCCACAGAUGUAUUGUACGAGCAUUGAAGGAUCCAAAUACCUUUCUCUUUGAUCAUCUUCUUGCCUUAAAACCAGUCAAAUUUUUGGAAGGAGAACUUAUUCAUGAUCUUUUGACAAUUUUUGUAAGUGCUAAACUAGCAUCCUAUGUCAAGUUUUAUCAGAACAAUAAAGACUUCAUUGACUCCCUUGGCUUGUUGCAUGAACAGAAUAUGGCAAAAAUGAGGCUACUUACUUUCAUGGGAAUGGCUGUAGAAAAUAAAGAAAUAUCAUUUGACACAAUGCAACAGGAACUUCAAAUUGGAGCUGAUGAUGUAGAAGCAUUUGUUAUUGAUGCUGUAAAGACAAAGAUGGUAUACUGCAAAAUAGAUCAGACACAGAGAAAAGUAGUUGUCAGUCACAGCACACAUCGGACUUUCGGAAAGCAGCAAUGGCAACAAUUGUAUGACACUCUAAACACCUGGAAACAAAAUUUGAAUCAAGUGAAAAACAGUCUCCUCAGUCUCUCAGACACCUAAAAAAAAAAUUUCCACCUAGAAAUGUCUCACUCUACAUGAAAUUUAUUCACAACUUUGACAAUUUGUGAAUGUUUCCAAAAUGUAUGCAAUUGGUUUAAAAAAAAUUAAAUAUUCUAAAUUGCAACUAA